CGCCCUCCGAAUCACUCCAGCAACAGGCUCCCGCCAAUUCUGAGCGGGGAGCGCGAGGGAGUCUGGCCGGGGAUGAGACUGGAACGGCUGGACCGGGAUUACACAGGGGGGAAAAAACAGAACCAACCGCUCUAAAAGUAACAGAAACUAAUUAAAUUCGCAGUCGACACGUUAAUGUAAUACCUGGAAAAGACCUGUAGUCGAUGACUAUCCUUAAGGGGCUGUCUACGGAGUCUAAAAAAGCGCUGCCCGUUUAACGUUUCCAGCGCGAGAAGUUGAAGGGCGCGCGGAUGGUGGUUGUGAUGCUCGCGGCCGAGGAGCCUCUGGCCUCCACACCACGAAGAGGCAUGGAUUGUGUGGGCAAAGCUAAUACCAGCAAGAAGCUUGUUCAAGCACGUCUACCUUUCAAAAGGCUCAACCCAGAAACCAAGGAAUGCAGUGAGCCCAAAAGAACCAAAGGUCCGGUUGUCCCCAGGUCUUCUGAACCGAAUGCAUCGGAUGGAGAAAAUGAUGGGGACAGUUCCUCCACCCCGCUGCACCAUGGCCCAGUUCUGGUAAAUGGCCGUGGACCACUUGAUUGCUUCAUGAGCAGGCGGAAGCGUUCCCCGGUCCGCUCUGGCCUUAAAACAAUUGACCUCACCGAAGACUCCAAUGAUGCUGUCAAACAGCAGCCUGUACCUCCGGUUGCUGCCACCUGCCCCCUUAGUGAAGAAACAGAACCAGAACCAACCAGUCCACUGACAAAGAAAGAGACGGAGAAGGACGAAGAUGCCCUACCACUGCUGGACAUUGCUGAGGAGUCUGACACUGAGGAAGAGGAGCAGCAGGAGACUGAAGUCAGUCACGGGAAUGAGUCUGUGCUGUCGACCGAGUCUACCAGCUCCCUCUCAGUGAUAGAGAGCUCACCAGAGCCCAGCAAGAGCGCUCCCACUACCCCUGCCUCUACGUCACAGAUAAGCGCAGCUAGUAAAAUUAAGAGACGAUCCCUUAAGAGUGUCCAAGAGCAGGAGGAGAAGCGGCGACAAAAGGAAGAGAAAGAACGUCAGAAAGAAGAUGCCAAAGCUGCCAAGGAAAGGAAGAAAGAGGAGGCCCGCAAGCUAAAGGAAGAGAAGGAGAGGGAGAAGAAAGAAAAAAAGGAGAAAGAUGAAAAGGAGCGACGAGAAAAAAAGGAGAGGGAGGAGAAGGAAAAGGCUGAUAAACUAAAAGCUAAAGAAGAGCAGCGGCAAAUGAAAAUUGAGGCCAAACUGGAAGAGAAAAGAAAGAAAGAUGAGGAAAAACGGUUGAAGGAAGAGAAAGAACGAAUCAAAGCUGAGAAGGCAGAGAUUACACGAUUUCUACAGAAGUCCAAGACCCAGCUUGCACCAAAGACUCUUGCGUCUGCCUGUGGGAAAUUUGCUCCUUUUGAGAUUAAAGCUAACAUGUCUUUGGCACCACUGACUCGAGUACAGUGUGAAGACUCAGUUCUAGAGGAGCUGGACCAUUAUCUUGCCCAACCUGAUGGCUCUCUGAAUGGACUGAAGGACUGGACAAGGCACAAACCUCGCUGUUCAGGUCCAACCCGGCCAAGUCACAGUGCUGUAAGAGAUUGUGUGGUCGUAACUGACCACCAAAAGGCAGAUGGCGUCCCAGACCGCCACCGUUAUGGCCGCAUGAAACUCCUGCAGUUCCAUGACAACUAUCGUCCAGCUUAUUGGGGGACCUGGUGUAAAAAAAGCACUUGCAUCUCUCCACGCUUCCCACUGAGACAAGACAAGGACUUGCUGGAUUAUGAGGUGGACAGUGAUGAAGAGUGGGAGGAAGAGGAGCCGGGAGAAUCUCUGUCUCACAGUGAAGGGGAUGAUGACGAUGAAGGAGGAGAUGAUGACGACGAUGAUGAUGGUUUCUUUGUGCCCCACGGUUAUCUGUCAGAAGGGGAAGGAGCACUUGAAGAAGACGAGGAGGGUGGAGAUCCCGAGAAACAGAAGGUGCGUCAGAGGAUGAAGGCGCGUGAAUGGGAGAAUGAGCUCAUGUCUAAAGGGAAGGUGAAGGUAUUGGAAUCAGUGGUGCGUGGCUGCCUGUGGGAGGGGGAAGAGCCUGGCCUGGACCUCCUGCAACCGUACGCUAUCUGCAUGCUUGAGCCUUUACCCAGAGACGAGCCCUGUACCCCCGAACAGGACCUCGCACGCCAACAGAGGAAUGAGAAAUUGCUGUCACAGCUGCUGCCCUUGCUGCAUGGGAAUGUGAACAGCAGUAAGGUCAUAAUCAACGAGUUCCUGGAGUUCUUUCGCCAACAAACAUCCUCACCCAAAGAAAGUCCUCAGAAUUUAAGUGACAAUGUCCCGACCAGGAUCCAAAUCAGACGAAUCAUAAAGGAGCACGCCGUGUACGAGAAGCGCUCCACUUACAGACGAUGCUGCUGGUACGUGCAUCCAGAUGUUCUGGCUCGUCAUUCUCAGGAGGCCCUGCCCGUUCCCUGCCAGUGGACCUACCUCACCUCCGGUGCUCAGAUUACCCGCGACGAACACACCGGCUCACAGGGCAACUCGCCCAACACGUCCAGCUCCACCACACCCUCCAACAAGAGGAAAAGCGCCAGCAGCCACUCCAUCACAAAGUAUAUGAAGAAAUGUGGCGACUCUGAACAGACUGAGACAAUGGAGACCGAUGGCUUCCAAGCAGACACUGAAGAGGAUGAAGACGAGGAUUGCAUCAUCAUUGGGGAACAAUCUGGAUCCUCUGAACAGGAUGCCAACACAUCCUUGAGAGAAACCAAUAGAAACACCGAGCCCAUGGACACGAAUGCAUCCGAAACUGCUGCUCUUACCCUACCCUGCCUUACCCCGGCCACCGCCUGAGAUCUGACUCUUUACUGUUAGGUGUGUUAUGCAUGUGAACCAGACACUCAAAAUCUGUUCUACAGUUCGACGGAUCAUACAGUAUUAAAGGUCCCCAGAAUGAA